CAGAACAGUAUAAAAGCCUUGUGACUCCAUCCCUUGGUGCAGUCGCAGCUCCUCAGCCAUGAUGUGUGCAGUGGUCCUCGGCCUCCUCUUGGCAUGCGCAGUGUCUCUUAGCAGCUCUGCUCCAGUCCUAGACAAUGGCAUGCCCCUCAUGUGGUCGCAAACGGUCGACCAAGUGUCUGCCCUGCCGAAACAGAAUGACGUGGUGACCCCCGACCCGUGGACAUUCGUUAACCGAAUGAGCCUUUACCGGCUGUUGAUCGCUGCCACAGACCCGUAUAUGGGAUGCAUGGGGACAAACGCCACAGACAGUCCAGUGUGGGGACUGCCACUGCAGCUUGCAUGGAUGAAAACCUCAGGGCGUCUCGCUGAUCCAACCGGUGCUACGACCUGCGGCCUGGAAACUGGAGAUGCUUCGUGUAUUUCUCCUCAGAGCUGGUGGUCCUGUGUGAACUACUUUGUGUCUGCUCUGCCCUUCCUGUCUGCUGCACAGCAAGGCCUGAUGGGAGCAGAUGUCCAGGUCACGAUGCAGGUACCUGAAGGCGUCGAAGGCUAUUGCACUACAUAUACCGAGUGUGCAGCGAGCUACCCUGACGCCAUGACCAAGUGGGACGCCUUUUUCCAGAGAGCAUCCAAACACAGAGAUGGUCCGGAGACAUGGUUCAUCUGUCCAUUAGAGUAUAAUGGACUCAUAUCAGACUCAGCCAUCUUGGCCAGAGCCACAUAA